GCCGCCCGUGGCGAUCCGGGCUGUCGCGCCGAUCCCGAGCUCGGGGCUCCGCUCCGCGUUUCCGCGGCAGCCGCUCGUGAGCGAGUCUCGCGAGCCCAGGCCCCACCGCGGCCUAUGAGAGCGCGUCCCUCGCUCCGCACAGCCAAUAGGGCGCCGCCGCCGCCCCCCCGUCGGCUGGCAGCGCGUUGAGGGCUCCGAGCGGCGCCUCCAUUUAAAGGGGCCGCGACCCGAAUCCGGGUUCUGGGUAGAGCGGGCGGCGCAGCACCGGGAGAGCCAGUGCCUACUGAGAGCCUGUUUGGGGACAUGAUGUUAUUUCAAGUCUUGCACUGCCUUCUCACUUGCAGACUCCAGCUCUUUCUCUCUUUCCCUCUUCAGUUGCCAUCUUCUAAAUGGAUUCCAGUGAAUUUUCAGGAUCUCUGGACCCCCUGUCCUUGCCUGACAAACCCCUCAUUGGUGAUCUCCCUGCUGACAUGGAGUUUGGUGAAGAUCUCCUGGGCUCCCAGACAGCUUCUACCCAGGAAGUUUCAGUUCUUCAGCCCCCUGACUGGGAUCAAUCCAAGCAGAUGACUGCAGAUGAGGACUUGGACCUUGUAGUGAAAGCAGACAACGUGCCUGAUCUAAAUAAAUCAAAUGACUGUGUUCUAGAUAAACCUGGUGUCUUGGAUGUGCUGGAGAAACCUGGUGUCAGGGAUGAUUUGGGUAAAACCUCUGACUUGGUGGAUAAAGCAGAGGGUCUGGAUGGGCUGUGUAAGGAACAACCUUCCCAGGACGUGGAGGGUGGACCAGCAGACUCCUCUGCCCUGUCUAGAGAAGCUGUUGGUCCAGAAACAGGGAAAGAAGGGGAGGAUGCACCAAAAAAUUGUUCUGGGGAUAUAAAGGAAGAUGGUGCUGCUGCUAUUCCUGCACUGUCUGGUGACAAUGCCCCUAAAUCACCCCAACAACCUGUCCCUGACUCCAGGGACCUCAGCAGUGCCCCAGCCAAGGAAGAAACCACAGCACAGUCCUCAAGUCCCGCAGUGCCCCCACCCCAAAUCAGUCUGAAACAAACAAAGAAAAUGAAGUUGAAGGCACCAAGGAAAAGCUCACCCUUGCAGAGGGAAGGGCUGGCAGGGGAAGCAGAGGUGCAGCUGAGCCCAGACAACAGAACUGCAGCUUUGCCCCCUGAGCCUGUGGAGAAAAACCGGGCAGAGGAAGGGGAUGAUAAUGGGAAGAACUCACUUAAAGGAAACAGUGCACUCAAAGCACAGGAAGCCUUACCACCAGCAGGAGAAAGCCUGUCUGGGAAGGGAAGCGAGCUGCCGGCUGAGAAGGAGCAGAAAAGAAGUGAACGACCCAGAAGAUCAGAAACUGUCAGGCCUGAGACUGUGAACUCCUCAGAGAGCAUUCCAGUGUCUGAUGAGGACUCUGAUGCGAUGGUGGAUGAUCCCAACGAUGAGGAUUUCGUCCCGUUCCGGACGCGGCGCUCCACGCGGAUGUCGCUGCGCGCUCAGAUGGCGCAGCGCGCCGCCCGCUCCUCCUUCACCAAGAUGACGUGUGCCAACUGCCGGACCCCGCUGCAGAAGGGCCAGACUGCCUACCAGAGAAAAGGCCUUCCUCAGCUCUUCUGCUCCAGCUCCUGUCUCACCACCUUCUCAAAAAAACCGCCUGGCAAGAAGAUAUGCACCUUCUGCAAAAAGGAGAUCUGGAACACCAAGGACUCUGUGGUUGCCCAGAUUGGUUCAGGUGGCUCUUUCCAUGAGUUCUGCACCUCUGUCUGCCUUUCCCUCUACGAGGCCCAGCAGCACAGACCAGCACCUCAGUCUGCAGAUGCCUCGGACACCAGCCGCUGCAGUGUUUGCCACAAACCUGGCGAGAUCCAGCAUGAGGUCAGCAAUGGGAAUGUGGUUCACCGCAUCUGUAGCGACGCCUGCUUCACCAAGUUCCGAGCCACCAAGGGGCUGAAAACGAACUGCUGUGACUACUGUGGACUUUAUAUCUACAACAAGGGCUUGCCCCUGGAGUACCUCUUCCAUGAAGGCCAGCAAAAACGCUUUUGCAACUCUGCGUGUCUCAACAGUUACAAGAAGAAGAACACUCGGGUCUAUCCCUGCAUGUGGUGCAAGACACUGUGCAAGAACUUUGACAUGCUGCCCAACGUGGAUCGCAGUGGCAAGAUGGGCCUGUUCUGCUCCAUUUGCUGCACUACCUCCCACAAAGUGAAGCAGUCAGGCUUAGUUGGUCCCCCUAGACCCUGCAGCUUCUGCAGAAAGAGUUUAUCUGAACCCUGCUAUUACAACAAGACAGACCGGGUUGUCUACCAGUUCUGCAGCCCCAGCUGCUGGACCAAAUUCCAGCGCACCAGCCCUGAAGGUGGGAUCCACCUCAACUGCCAUUACUGUCACAAUCUGUUCAGCGGGAAGCCGGAGAUCCUGGACUGGCAGGACAAGGUGUAUCAGUUCUGCUGCAAGGACUGCUGCGAGGAUUUCAAGCGGCUGCGUGGGGUGGUGUCUCAGUGUGAGCACUGCAAGCAGGAGAAGCUGCUGCAUGAGAAGAUCCGUUUCUCUGGAGUGGAGAAGAACUUCUGCAGCGAAGGGUGUGUGCUUCUUUACAAACAGGAUUUCACCAAGAACCUGGGCCUGUGCUGCAUCACCUGCACCUACUGUUCUCAGACCUGCCAGCGGGCGGUCACCGAGCAGCUGGAGGGCAGCACCUGGGACUUCUGUAGUGAAGACUGCAAAAGCAAAUACUUGCUCUGGUACUUCAAGGCAGCUCGGUGCCAUGCCUGCAAGCGUCAGGGGAAGCUGCUGGAAACCAUCCACUGGCGGGGGCAAAUCAAACACUUCUGCAACCAGCAGUGUCUGCUGCGAUUUUACAAUCAACAGAACCAGCCCAACCUGGACACGCAGAAGGGGCCCGAGAGCCUGCUGAACAGUCAGACUUCAGAGCCAAAACCAGCUGUCCCUUCCACACAGAAGGCAGAAACUAACAUGCUGUCAGCAAAGGCCUCCUCAGCCCAAACCUCUCCAGCUGUGCCGCCUCCUGCCCCACCUCUGGUUCCAGCCACCCCUCGGAAAAACAAAGCUGCCAUGUGUAAACCCCUGAUGCAGAACCGGGGUGUCUCCUGCAAGCUUGAAAUGAAGUCCAAAGGAUGUCAGACAGAGGCUGACUGGAAGCCCCAGCUGGUUGUGUUGCCAAUCCCCGUCCCGAUCUUCGUGCCUGUGCCUAUGCAUAUGUACUGCCAGAAAGUACCUGUGCCUUUCUCCAUGCCUGUCCCGGUGCCUGUGCCAAUGUUCCUGCCCACCACACUGGAGAGCACAGAGAAGAUUGUGGAGACCAUUGAGGAACUGAAGGUGAAGAUCCCCUCCAAUCCCCUAGAGGCUGACAUCCUGGCCAUGGCUGAGAUGAUUGCAGAGGCUGAGGAACUGGACAAAGCCUCCUCAGACCUGUGUGACCUGGUGAGUAACCAGAGUGCAGAGGGCCUCCUGGAGGACUGUGAUCUGUUUGGACCAGCACGGGACGAUGUGUUGGCCAUGGCUGUCAAGAUGGCAAAUGUCCUCGAUGAGCCGGGCCAGGACCUGGAGGCUGACUUCCCUAAGAAUCCUCUGGACAUCAACCCCAGUGUGGAUUUCCUCUUUGACUGUGGGCUGGUGGGACCAGAUGAGGUGUCCACAGAGCAGGAUCUGCCUCGAGCUGUGCGGAAGGGGCAGAAGCGCCUGGUGCUCUCUGAGAGCUGCUCCCGGGACUCCAUGAGCAGCCAGCCCAGCUGUACAGUGCUCAACUACUCGUAUGGUGUGAAUGCCUGGAAGUCCUGGGUACAAGCCAAGUACGCAGGGGGAGAAAGCAGCAAGGGAGAGGAGCUACGCUUCGGCCCCAAGCCCAUGAGGAUCAAGGAAGACAUCUUAGCCUGCUCAGCAGCUGAGCUCAACUACGGCCUGGCACAGUUUGUCAAGGAGAUAACGCGGCCCAACGGGGAGCGCUAUGAACCAGACAGCAUCUAUUACCUCUGCCUUGGCAUCCAGCAGUACCUGCUCGAGAACAAUCGUAUGGUGAAUAUAUUUACAGACCUUUACUACCUGACCUUCGUGCAGGAGCUGAACAAAUCCCUGAGUGGCUGGCAACCCACAAUCUUACCAAAUAACACAGUUUUCUCCCGUGUCGAGGAGGAGCACCUCUGGGAGUGCAAACAGCUGGGUGUUUACUCACCCUUUGUGCUUCUCAACACCCUCAUGUUCUUCAACACCAAGUUCUUUGGGCUGCAGACAGCAGAGGAGCACAUGCAGCUCUCCUUCACCAAUGUGGUGCGCCAGUCCCGCAAGUGCACCACAGCCCGCGGCAUGACCAAGGUGGUGAGCAUCCGCUACUACGCUCCUGCCAAGCAGAAGAAAAGCCGAGAUGGCGGCUCUGGAAAACGGAAGCGUGAGGAGGAGGUUCCGAUGCUGGAGCAGCGGGAGAACAGGAUGAAUCCCCUCCGAUGCCCAGUCAAGUUUUAUGAGUUUUAUCUCUCCAAAUGUCCCGAGAGCCUGCGGAACCGCAGCGACGUGUUCUACCUGCAGCCCGAGCGCUCGUGCAUCGCCGAGUCCCCGCUGUGGUACUCGGUGAUCCCCAUGGACCGCAGCAUGCUGGAGAGCAUGCUGAACCGCAUCCUGGCCGUCAGGGAGAUCUACGAGGAGCACAGCCGCCUCAGCAGCCUGGAGGACGACGUGGACUAAGGCAGAGGUGCUGCUGGACUGGCUGCACUCCAGCCCUGGACACCUCAUCUUGCUGCUUCCCAUUGCAGGGCAGGGGCCGUGCAGCAUAGGAAGGGAUGGUGCUGCAGCAGUGCUGUCCCUGCAUCAUUACCAGACUUGGACCUCCCAUCCUGCUCGUUACAGGCAUCCCCUACGUGCGUGGCCCCCACACUCAGCUCUGUCUCCAGUUCUGGCUGCUGGGUGAGCCAUCUUCCCCAGGGUCUGUUCCCGUGGCACAGGAGUGGCAGAGUCCCUGGUGCAGCUCCCCUUGCCCAGCCCUGUCCCUCCCCUACCCCCAGCCCUGCCGCUGCCCCUCUCUCCCUGUGCCCCAGGGCAGGAAUUGCACAAAACACAUUGCCCCGUUGGACCAGUGGCUCCCAAAGCUUUUACUUCCCUCUUCCUUUAGCAUUCCCUCGCAAGGCUGGAGGCAUCAAGGCAGGAACAGUAGCUCUGCUGCUGGGGCAGGAUUGUCUUUUCAAGCCAGUGGGCAUGGGCCACAGGCAGCCUGAGAGCUGUUGGGUCAGGGGGAGAGCUUUUGUCCCAGGGUGAGAGAGAUUUGGGUUGGUUGCAGGGAGUGGAUGGGGCUAACACUGGAAUUUGUGGGCAGAGAUCUGGCCUUGCCACAGGGAUACCUCCCUUGUGUGCAGCCAGGAUGCCUCCCUCUCUUUGGUCAGUGUUUUCUGAGUCUGCUGAAAACUGAUGGAGAUGAGUCUGUACUAGUGCUGCCCCUCUCUCCCCACUGUUCCCUGUCUUGGUGUAAGGACCCUCCCCUGUGCAAGGUGCCAUCAGUGGAAACCUCUGCUCCAGCCAGGGGCCCAGGCAUUUGCUUGCAGAAGCAGGGAGCCCUGCCUGGCCUCCCCCUCCUUCCCACAGCCACAGGCUGCCACCACCCUGCCCAGAGCAAGUCUGGCUCCAGCUGUGCCACUCCGUGCUGCCUCCUGCCCCUUCUUGUGUUCUGGUCGGUUUUCUUGAGCUGUACAUGGGUCUCCUGUUGAGCCUGUAUAUAUUGUUCUGGGCCCUGGCCUGGGGCCAUCUGUUCUCUGUGUCCAUGUGGAGAGUGAGCUGCUCACCAGUCUUGUUGUAGUGAUGCCAGGGCAGUAGGACUCACCCUGUGUCUCUGGAAACCAUUCAUUUCAAAUAAAGAUGUGGAAAACUU